AUGCCGAGGGCGGUUUCUCGUGAGCCGUCCGGAGCAGGCCUGGUAAGCAGAGCGGGUCUAGUUCACGGAACGGCCAGAGGACACAACGAUAUGUGGUACGAUUUGGAUACGUUUCUCUUGGAUCAAGUGUGCGAGGUGCUUGACAAACUUGAAGAGGGAAAUCUCGAUGAUGCUAUUUGGGGGAAAAUCGUGAUCAUGGAAAAAUGCAAACGAGUUGCCAAGGCUUAUUUGAGGAAAACGACGAUUAUUGUCGAUGGAUCGGAAGAUGAAUUCGACGGCUCAACGCUUGGCUUCAAUUGUUUUGAUAACACUUAUCGAGAUGAAAACACUGAAGAGAUACGACAGAAAAUUGGUGAUGGAGUGAUUUUGAAAGUCGAUUAUCAAGGGAAUAUCAAGGGAAUGGCUAGAGGGACUACUCCGGUCAUAUGUCUUGGAUUUAAAGAUAGUGAACGAAGGAAAAAUUGUAUCUCUGAUCGAUUAGCGAGGCUACAAGGCCGAUUGAAUACGAAUGAAGAGGAUAAAGCAUUCAAGAUUUUCGACAUGCGCCGAUUUAAGAGCGCUCUUGAUCGAGAAAUCUCGGAUGGACAACCAGAUGCGAAAAAUUUAUUACUGAAAACGACAGUGAGGGUUGCAUUGGUGAAAGAUGGAGGAGACAUGAAUAGAACUCCUUGUUGGUUCACCGUUAUCAAUUUGAUUGCCCUGGACACCUUGAAAUCAAGAAUACCGAAUAUCAAGAAUAUGAGCCUAAUGAAUCGAAGCCACUCCGAAGCAGCCUAUUCAUCUUUACCGACUCUCGUCGCACCGACUCCAAUCUACAAUCAACCAGCGAAUUCAAUUCAAAUAAAUCAACAAGAGACUUAUGGAACAAAUCCAAACGGGUCACCAAACGAUCCGACUCAAGCGCUCACACAGCUCAUUGCGGCUGCAGUGAAACAAGCGAAUGGCCAAACGAUCUCUCAAUCUCUUCACAAUUUGCCAGUUUCUGUCGAUCAGUUAGCAACAUUGGCGAGCUCGCUUUCAUUGGGAAAACAAGAGAUCUCACAACAGAUCCUUGCACCUCAAGUUGGCAUCAAAGGAGAUCGCAAAGAUCGACGGAGGAACUACAAAGUGCCGUCGGCAGACGAUUCCUCUGGAGAGGACUCAGCUCUUCGAUCUGACAGUACACAAGGAGAAUGUCAACCACGGUCCCGGAACAAAAGGUGGGAUCAAACGACGAAAUCAAUCGACGCGGUGGCUGUACUUGGUGGGGGAUCGAAUGUGCCGAAUGGUUCCACUUCAACGUGCGCGAAUUCGUUGGUCGCCUCUCGCUCUCGCUCUCCGGACUCGAAAAGGCGCGGUCCGCCCCGUCCUCGGCUGCAGGAUGUCAUGUUUGAUCGAUCAUACUCGACCACUUCCGAUUAUGACUCGAAUCGAGAACUCUUUGAUUCAGGAAGCUGGAGCUCGAAUGGAUCAAAUUGCUAUCAGGGUCGAAGUCCCGCCUCUUCAGUGGUGUCCGACUCUGAAGGGCACGCACGUCUAGCGAAACCCAAACAAAUCGAAGGUCACAAUGGGAAACUCGUUCAAUUACGACAAGCUCCACCCCCGCAAAGAGCCAUCAAAGAAGUGCCACUCUCACGGCAACAAGUCGUUCGAAAAGAGUUGCACCGCCAGACUAGCACGAAUUUCAAUCGAUUACCAUCGAUUACCGCUUCAGCACCGAAAGCCGAGAUCUAUGAACACGAAAAGGAGAAGGAUGAGAGAAAAGAUCGAACACUUGACCAUCCAAGUGAUCGUUCGAGCAAACCGAGAUUAACAUAUCGAUUAUCCGGCGUAAACGUGCCCACACCGACCACCAAACCCCCGCCUCCACCACAUGAAUAUGAUGAACCCGAAGUAACCGACGAAAUGAUCUCCAUCGUACCUGUACCCGCCACAAAUCAUGAUCAAGCUUCUACAUCAAUGAAAGAUGCUGAUUCGAUUCCCCUUCACGCGACAAUUGUGUCUACUGAUGAUGAGGAGAUCAACACUCUGCCACCACCAAAACCACCAUCACCUGAUUACACUGGGCCGUCUUUGGGAGAAACAGCGUCCCUCGACGGGCUCUCAAAGAGCGACCAGCUUUGUUGGGGAGUUACGCCGGGUUCUCCUCAAGCGCAACUCAUUCAAGGAACAACAGAACGCAGAACAGAACAACAACAAACCAUCAAGCAAAGAGUCCCAAUCAACGAAGAAAUCGUCAAGUCCGAGCCGACUCCCGACCAGCAACAAUCCGAAGUCACAGUCAGGAAAGCGGGGCAAUCAAUCGGGUCGUCCCCCAUUGCCCCCAACGUCCAAUCGGGAAGAGACGCGCCCGGAGCCACUCACCAUCACGAUGUCCCGUCCGGCGACAGCUGUACCGCCGGCCAGCAAUCGGUACGAAAACGAAUCAGUGGAGUGUGGAACACUCUCCUACGCCGAAGAACGCAAAAGGAGCCAAGGACUCCGAAGGACACAUGCAAUCAAUUCGACACAAUCGGUUCGGUCGGCGAGCAGCAUCAGCCACCACGGAGGCGCACCCUUUACGGAACAGUUUUCGGCAUCGGCCACGGGACAUUACAGAUUGCAGCCAACCUACUUCCAUUCAACUCAGUCACAGCAACAACUCCCCGCACGCGCCGUGCCCCAGAUGUUACACCACUCGGGGAGCUGGUCCGUGCCGGUGUGGGACCAUCACGGAAUGGGAGUCUGGGGAGGAGAGGGGAGAUCGGAUGGGAGACAAGGAGGACAAGGGGAUUCAACCUUCAACCAUCGGGUUCCUCUCCAUCACUCCACCAACAGCGCCCCACUCAAACACUUCUGAGAAACAUACCGUCAAGAGCUGCGUCGAUGAACCAAGUCAGCGCCGUCCUU